GGAUAGAACUGUGGUAGCAGUAUAUACAGAGCAUGGUCUGAAGAGGAAACAGGGUUGAGACACGGAGACAUUUGGGAGCCAUCUGCAAUGGUCGAGGCAAGAAAUGACGUCCUGGACUGGAUGUGUAGCAGUGAAGACAAAAGGGGAAAACAGCUUCUAGAGGAGAGACAGAAAAUGAGCAGAGAAUGGCAGCAAGAGGUACAACUUCAGAAGUAGAAGGCAACCAACCGACUGGCACAGAAAACUCAUCCAUUGUGACUGUGGCAGGCCCCGGGGCGGAAACCAAGGCAGGCCAGCCUCUGGAAAACAGCUCGUUCAUGGCCGAGCUUCUGAGCGACGUGCCCUUCACGUUGGCCCCGCACGUGCUGGCCGUGCAGGGCACCAUCAGUGACCUUCCAGACCACCUGCUCACCUGUGACAUCAGCGAAAACUUAUCACGGUUUUGGUAUGAUUUUACUCUUGAAAAUUCAGUGCUCUGUGAUUCAUAGUUUUUAUAUUUGUACCUUAACAGCUUUAAAACAAAAGUUUGCCAUUGUAUUUAACGUGUUUGAUGUUCUUUGCCAUUUCACUGUCUAAAUGCCCUCAGAAAAGCAAGGAUCAGAAAGUAUGUUCAUUGCUCUGUUUUUCAGAAUAAAGUACAUUUGUAUAAAAA